CGUUUUACGCGACGGGCGGAGCCACCACCUUCCUCUGCACCAACCAAAGCAAGCAAGCUAGCCUCCACCUCUAUGGCGAGCACGACCGCGGCGCCACCCACUAGCAGUGGCAUCAUUUUGCAUAUAGAGCAGAACUACUCAUGUUUUCUCUACCGGAGUAACGUCCCCGGAAGGAUGUUGAUGCUUAGCCUUCAGGCCGCCAUUUUGAUCACCCUAGUUUGGUUGAUCCGGCCCAUUUUCCGACGCCUUCGCAUGCCUCAGACCAUGGCCGAAGUGUUCGGGGGGAUCAUUAUGGGGCCCACCUUUUUCGGCAGCAUAGGUUGGGUCAAGGCGGAAUUGUUCCCGGACACGAGCAUCGGCGUGCUGCGCAUGUUCUCGAUCACAGGACGCCAGCUCUUUUGCUUCCUCGUCGGGCUGGAGCUUGACCCAGCCCUCAUCAUGCGCGCAAAAGGCCGGGCAUCAGUAAUCGCACUCUCUGCGAUAAUCGCCUCGGGCUCGGUCGGAGCACUGGCCACCGGGUACUUGCACCCCCUUGUGAGUCCGAACGCGACACCUGGCCAGUUUCGAGCCAUCGUAGCCCUCUUCAUGGCCAAUGGGGGAUCCACGGUGCUCCACCGCCUCGCCACCGAGCUCAAGCUCGGGACCUCGGAGGUGGGCCAGCUCGCGCUCUCCGCUACUGUCUUCACCGAUGUGUUGUGCCUCUCAACCCUCUUCUUCGUCACCUCAGAGUCAAUGAUUGAUGGCCGGAUCGGCGACACCAUCACAGGCGCGCUCAUCGGUGUCCUCAUCAUGCUCGUGCUUCUGUUCGUGGUGGGACCAUCAAUGGUGCUUUGGGCGAAGGAGGGUGAGCCCGAGCGAGCGCACAUAACCGACUAUCACCUAUGCAUCAUCAUCUGUCUCGCAAUAGCGUCAGGAGCAUUUGGCGAGACUCUCGGCUACGACGGUAUGGUGAGCGCGUUCUUGUUCGGCUUGCUGUUCCCGAGGCAGAGGCGCAUCGCUUUGACGGUGGCUGAUAGGCUCUAUUACCCCGUGCGCCUGGCAAUCUUGCCAACAUAUUUGGGCUUCAUCGGGCAUUUCUCGGACUUGAGGUUGGCGUGCGACAGGCGGGGGAUGGAGGCGGUGGUGGUGAUGGUGGUGACGGCGAUUGUGAGUAAGCUGAUCGCGGUGGUGGUGGCAGCGCUGGCAUACAAGAUACCUUUGCAUGAGGGGCUGGUGCUGGGAUUCUUCCUCAACACCAGGGGCGUGGCCGAUGUCGUCCUUUUCAGCGCCUGCUCCAACCGAGGGAUGCUCAACCUAAGGUCCCACGCAAUCUUCAUCACGGCAGCGGUGACCAUUUCGGGAUUGACCGGGCCGGCGGUGGUGCUCAUCAUGCAACAGGUGAGACGGCGGAUGCCUGCAUAUCUACACCCAGGCAUGGAGCGGCAGAGCCCCAAUGCCCUGCUACACAUCCUCUCCUGCAUCUAUGGCCCGGCCGAUGUCCCUGUCACACUCAACCUCGUCGAGGCAUGCCGGGUUGCCCAGCCCGAGAUUGCACCUCUCUCAGUCUCUGCUGUACAUCUCAUUGAGUUCACGGAGCGCUCCGCCUCCCCCCUCAUGUACCGCCGCGACAACAGUGCCACAUUCGUCUCAUACGAGGCUGAGGCCAUCUCCGAGGUGUUGCGCGCCUACCGUCUCUCAAAUGGGAUCCCCAUCCGCCUCAUCGCCGCCGUCUCGUACUACUUCAACAUGCACGAGGACAUCUGCACUACUGCAACAAACAUGCGCACCUCACUCAUCAUCUUGCCCUUCCACAAGUUCCAAAGGGUCGACGGAAAGAUGUACAUUCGCAACCAUGCCCUCCAAAAGGUGAACCAACGGACACAGGAUCACGCGCCAUGCUCAGUCGGAAUCCUGGUAAACCGAGGACUCGGAGGGGCCACAGUCAAGACCGCGACCAAUGUCCGGAUGUCCGUGGCUGCGCUAUUUUUCGGCGGUCCGGAUGACCGCGAGGCCAUGGCUUUCGGCAUGAGGAUGGCUUUAAACCCGAGCAUCAAUUUCACGAUCAUGCGCUUUCUGCCCUGCAACAAAUAUGAUAAGGAAAUUGAUAUUGAAGAUGAGGAUGAGAGUGGAUACGACGUCGAGAUGGAACUAGAUGAUGCCUUCAUGAGUGAAUGUUGCAAAAGAUAUGUGAAAUCAAAGACAGUAGCUUAUGAGGAGAGGUCACCACACACAUGUGAGGAAAUAGUGAUGACACUGCGAGAGAUUGCCUUGAGCUACUCGUUAUUCAUUGUGGGUCGAGGAGGGCCGGGGGCAGCGCGCCUCACAGCAGGGCUCAUAGGUUGGGAGGAUUGCCCUGAGCUAGGGCCCGUGGGUGACUUGCUCUCUUCCUCCGAAUUCUCCAUUACUUGCUCAGUUCUGAUCAUCAAACAGGCUCGGCCACUGUCUUCUGCAAUUAGAGUCAGCUCUAGAGGAAGAUUGGGUGGAUAGUUUGUAAAGAAGAAAACAGUUUCUAGAGAAGUCACCAUUACAGGAUUCAUUUAUUCUUACUUCAUGGAGACUGUAAGGGCAAGGUUCCAUGAGGCGCCUCUGCCAUGGAAAUUGUGAAGGUGAGAGACUCCUUUCAUGGAGAUCGUACCUUGGGAUUUUGUAUUGAUUCUAUACCCACUCUUUGUAAAUUAAGAAAAGAGUGAUUUACGUAUGUAUUCGAAAUUUUUACCUAAAAUAUGAAAGGAUCAGUAAAUAUU